AUGUCGUCAUCGAUGUCAAGUAUUAGGAAACGUCGUCGUCGUGUAUCACUCCACAGCAAUGUGGAUCGAGCGAAUAAUAUGAAUGGGUUUAAUGAUCGUCAUGAGAAUGGUCGAUGGAUUGCUAAAUAUGAAGAUUUAUUGAAUCGCAAUGAAGUACAUAGAUCUUUGAGCAGUGCUUCCGUAAUAUUAGACGCUAGGUGUGAUGCUUUCCCAGUUUUUGAGUGUUUUGCUACAGAGAUUAGUAGUUUGGAUGCGAGGAAGAAACUGUACGAUGAUUUACGGAUAGGUGAUGAGUUAUGCUUUCGUAUUAAGCGUGUUGAACUUGCUGGUGUUUAUGCUGAACCAAUCUGUACAUUACAUUCAUUUCGACGAAAUUUGAAAUGGAUUGAUGAUUUCCAAGUUCUGCUUCAACGAAAUCUGCUUAAUGGGCAGGACUAUCGGCCAAAUGAUCUAAUAAAAGUUGUGGUAGUUGGCAUCGAAGAUGAAACGAAAUUACCCAUUUUUUCUAUUGAUGUUGAAGCGGGUCUUCUGACAGGAGCUGACUUACCGGCUUACUUCAGGAAUGGUGAAAAGAUGGGAAAUAAAUCAUUCGAUGAAUAUCUUAGAAAUUAUUUGCCAGCGAAUAACCCAAACCUAGCAACUCUUUUUGGUAUAGAAACCAAGUCGACUGUUUCUUUUUUGCAUGAAUUACGAGACUCGAAUUUCACGUCAAAACAUCGUGCCCCUUACAUUCGUCAAAAACAGGAUGAGUAUCUUUCAAUGUCUCUUGCUAAAAGAGGUGUAGAGAAAAUUCGAGAAGGUGACAAUUCUGUUGCAGUACAACAUUUCAACAGAGCGCUUACCAUUUAUGACAAAAAUAUUGAAGCAUUAGUUGGAAGAGGCGCCGCUUAUGCGAAUAUGGGGCAGUACGCUUUGGCGGAGACGGAUUUGGAUGCGGCUUUAGCAAUUGAUGAAAAGCAUGCAAAUGCACAAAAAUAUAUGAUCGAGACAUUACUUCAAGAAGCUAAGAAAUUGGAAAAAAAUGGGAAAAAAGAUGAAGCAAAGCUUAAAUAUGUAAAAAUUUUGUCGAUUUCAAGUGACGUACGUGCAGUGGAUCGCUUAAGGAAUCUUGAGAAAAGUCCAUCAGAAGAAGAAGUUGAAUAUAAAAAAAAUGAAAAAACUAGGGGUCACGAGAAAGAACGAACAGAAGAUGAAGAAAGUAUUCGAGUUAAAAGACGACGAGAUGCGCAAAAAGAUGUCAGCUCUCUGCUUUGUCGCGUAUUGGCAUUAAUUGGGCAUGAUAUGAUGAUAAAAGAAGAACUCGAUUUAGGACGUUGUCUCUGUAUUCAUUCCCAACUGCAAGCUGUUGAUAUUAUCUUGCAAUCUCUUUUGUACCAGCGUGGUGUAGUACCAACUGUCGUAAGCCAGUUGCUGUCAUCUGUUAGCUCUCAGAAUGAAGUCAAAUUCGUAGAAACAUAUACAGAGAUCAGGCUAGCGUUAAAAAAUUUAUUUCGCAGCGCAAAUCGCCGUGCACUGAAAGAGGUUGUCAUAAUUAUUGGGUCUUCAUGUGCAACACCACAGGAGAUUUAUCGAAUACCUAUUAGAGUUUGUGAUUCGUAUGAUUCGGAUAUUUCACAUUGUGGUGAAAAUUGCGGUGAAUUAUCGUCCAAAGAGCAACGUCAAUUAUCAUCAUCACUGGUUCUUAGCCCAAAUUUAUACAGUUUGCGAAACAUCACAAGAAAUACGCGUGUGUAUGUUUUGGUGUGCGGUAUCGAUGAUCUCAAAUUUCCGGAAGCAUUGGUUGAAAAUGACGCUAGUUUCGAACUGCCAGAAGAAGAAAUACUGGCGAGACGGAAUAUUAACUCUGUACGAUUCAUUCUAAAACACCCUUGUGUGGAAACGAUUAUUACUGUUUGUAAUCCGGGUACAACUUGGUUCCGCCUUUCUCCAUUUAUCAAAGCAUUUUUUUAG